CGCGAACGGAGACGAACCAACACCUAGAAAGGUACACCACCAUGUCGCUCUAUACACCGGCUUCCAAGACAAAACGGCGUACUCACACGACGCCACGGUUUGGAGCAAACGGCACAGGGACAGGCGUUGGUGCAUCGGGUGGAGUAGGAGCAUCAGCAGGGAUGGGAGGUGGUCCAAGCGGGGGAGGCACGCCGAACGCUUCGGACCUGACCGACGAACAGCGACAAGAGAUCAAAGAAGCCUUUGAGCUCUUUGACACAGACAAAGACGGAGCCAUUGACUACCACGAGCUCAAAGUCGCAAUGCGAGCGCUCGGUUUCGAUUUGAAAAAGGCAGAGGUACUCAAGAUUCUCCGGGACCACGAUCACAAGGGCGAAGGCUUGAUGGAGUGGGACGACUUUCUGCGAGUCAUGGCGCACAAGAUUUCGAUGAGAGAUCCCAUGGAGGAAAUAAGGAGGGCCUUCAGCCUCUUCGAUGAUGACGGGACAGGUAAAAUUUCCCUGCGCAAUCUGAAAAGGGUCGCCAAAGAGCUGGGCGAAGGCCUCGACGAAGAGGAGCUACAAGCAAUGAUCGAUGAAUUCGACUUGGACCAAGACGGCGAGAUCAACGAGCAAGAGUUCAUACAGAUUAUGAUGGACGACUCCUGAAGAUUCAGCCUGAUCGCCUUGUGCAACUCGUGAUACGAUUAAACGAUGCCCUGUGGCGGUAGACAAAGCUUCCACAACUGUACAUUUCAAUGAUGAUGCCCGACGAGACUUUGUAAUGCUCGAGGAAACAUGGUCCCAACAA